AUGAAAAAAGGAAAAAAAUAAAAAGAUUCGCAUUAAAAGCAAGAAGAAUAAAUUGAAUCAUUUUGGAAGGCAUAAAAACUAGAUCUUAAGUUUUUGGAAGGGUUGAAUCUAAUGAAUGAAUAUUAUCCACAAACUAAACAAAUAUUUGUGAAUGAAUAAAUGAACAUUUAAAAUAGAACUUCAAAAAUUAGAUGUGUAAAGAAACGAAACAAUAAUGCUCCAUUAAUUGAUUGCAGAACAAAAGAGGAACCCAAAAUAAUGAUUGAACCUAUUAGUAAUUAACAAAUGGAAAUCGAAAAAAUAUCAAAAAUUAAUGAGCCAAUUGCUGUUGAUGUUAGUAACAACAAUGCCGUUAUUGUAAUUAGCUCUGAUGAAUCUAUAAUAUGCCUAAAUGACAUUGAAGAUUAAAUUUUAGAUGAUUAUUUAUCCUUUCAUGAUGAGUAGUAGUCUAAGACCUAAGCAUAGCCAUAAAUUUAUUCAAGAGCCAGACAACCACCUUAAAUGCCAAGAUAUAUGGAAUAUGAGCCAGAAAAAUCCAGUUCUUCUUCAAUUAACUUCAGCUAACCCUUAUCAGCAAGUCUAGUUGCUAAAUUCAUGAAUGACGAAUAAGAUUUUCAAAGGAAUUUUGAUGAAUGGAGUUUAAGCAGUUUAGAAUCUAAGACACCUCCAAUUAAGAAUAAUCAACAUUACAACACAUUGUUUGAAUUAUAAAAGUACUUUCCUACAAUUACUGAUAAUUAAUAUGAGGGUUUAUUAUUAGCAUAUAAUAACGAUUAUAAACUAGUAUUGCGAAUCUUGGAAGUUGAUUAAAAGUAAAUACAAAGAUUAUUAGAUAAAAAUAAAAAUAGAAAAAAAGUGAGAAUAUGAUUCAUUUAUAAUAGUCUUUGUAUUUAUAUAACACUUUUUAUGAAUUU